AUGUAUAGUGUUGCUUCUUCGUCUGCGUUACCUUCUUCUUCCCACACCAUUCUACUCCGCAACAAGCUCUCGCCUUUUCUCCUCCGCCGCAAUCACAGCCACCGACUUCGCCGUCGUACUUCUCAGAUCAGAGCAAUGAGAGCUUUGAUCCAGAGAGUCUCAUCUUCCUCCGUCACGGUGGAUGGUAGAAUCGUGUCGGAGAUUGGUCCUGGUCUCUUGGUUUUAAUCGGAAUCCAUGAAUCAGAUACCGACGCUGACGCUGAUUACAUAUGUCGAAAAGUUUUGAACAUGAGAUUGUUCGAUAAUGAAACCACUGGCAAAGGAUGGGACCAAAAUGUCAUGCAAAGGGAUUAUGGAGUUUUACUUGUUAGUCAGUUCACAUUAUACGGAUUCUUGAAAGGCAACAAACCUGAUUUUCACGUCGCAAUGCCACCUGAGAAAGCAAAACCGUUUUACGCUUCUUUGGUCGAGAGAUUCCAGAAAGCAUAUAGUCCUGAUGCAGUCAAAGAUGGUGUGUUUGGAGCUAUGAUGAAGGUCAAUCUUGUAAACGAUGGUCCAGUCACAAUGCAGCUCGAAUCACCCCAAUCCUCCAAGAAUGGGACAAAGGCGUCAACAGAAUCAUAA